CAUUAACAUAAUUAUCAGCGAAUAAACUGGGAGGCCACUAAAAACCGUUUCACACGUCUGCUGCUGACAAAACAGGGCUCUAAGUCACGACUUGAGGAUAGGGGCACGCUUCAGUAUGAGAGCGCUGCGCACACCCGUCUUCAUGGGACUCCUGUUAAUUCUCACAGCCGGCUACUGCAAACAGAGCGGCGUUCACACUGGCGGCAAGGACGACAGGAGCCUCGUAAACCCCCUAAUGGACAAAGUAAGAGUAAAACGGGAGCAUCACACGGAAGACGGCGAGCGCGACCUACACCAUGCUCCCCGAAAAGAAUAUUCAAUUGAAACGGGGGAAGAAAACGAUGUUAAUAAGUCGUAUCAGCAUGAUCAAAUACUGGAGGUCUUUCCCAGAGAUCUUCGACAGAAGGAUAAAUUCCUACAACACUUAACAGGACCUCUCUAUUUUAGUCCCAAAUGCAGCAAACGCUUUUAUAGACUAUACCAUAAUACCAGGGACUGCACAAUACCAGCCUAUUAUAAAAGAUGUGCUCGGCUACUAACAAGGUUAGCAGGAAGUCAAUGGUGCUCUGAGGGUUAG